AUGCUAAUUUAUAGCCGCUUCCAGCGGCAGCAGCGCGCCCAGGCCCGGCAGCGCUCGGAGCAGGAAUUCUCCUCCGUCCCUCACUCGUUCGUGUUCGCCCGCGGCCGCGCCGGGAGGAGCCUCCGGAGCCUCUGCAAGGACCUGAGGAAGGUUCUGGAACCUUUCACGGCCAGGAACCUGCAGGUGCGCCGGCGCAAUUCCCUGCGGGACCUGGUGGCCGUGGCCGGGCCCUUGGGGGUGUCGCAGUUCCUGGUGCUCAGCAAAUCCCAGAGCGGCGUCAACCUGAAACUUUUCCGCCUGCCGGGGGGUCCCACCCUGACCUUCAAAGUGCUCCAGUAUUCCCUGGUGAGAGACGUGGUCUCAGCGCUGAAGAGGCACCGCAUGCACGAGCAGCAGUUCCUGCACCCCCCUCUGUUGGUUUUGGGGAAUUUCGGGGCGCAGGCGCGGAUGGAGCUCAGGCUGACGGCCGGGAUGUUCCAGGGGAUGUUCCCCGCCAUCAACGUCCACAGGGUGAACCUGAACUCCAUCCGUCGCUGUUUGCUGAUCUCCUACGACGCCGAGUCCCAGCUGCUGGAGUUCCGCCACUACAGCGUCCGGGUGGUUCCGGUCGGGCUCAGCCGGGGCCUCCGCAAAAUCCUCGGCGAGAAAUUCCCGAACCUGGCGCGGAUGGGGGACGUCAGCGAGCUGCUCACGGGUGACGCCGCCCUGUCCGAGAGCGAGGCGGAGCCGGACGGCCCCCAGAACGUUCUGGAACUGCCCCAGAACUGCGCGGGGAGAGGGAACGCGGUGACGCAGCAGAGCGCCAUCAGGGUGACAGAGAUCGGGCCCCGUCUGACGCUGCAGCUGCUGAAGGUGGAGGAGGGGCUGGGCCAGGGCAACGUCCUGUACCACGGGCUGGCCCCCAAAGGUGAGCAGGAGCUCCGUGAGCUCCAGGCCCGGCGCGAGCGGCGCCUCCAGGUGAGGGCGGAGCGGCGGCGGCUGCAGGAGCAGAACCUGGAGAGGAAACGGAAACAGCGCGAACGGCACAGGGAGCGCAGCCUGGCCGGGAUGGGCCGGGCCCCAGGUGUCCCCCCAGGUGUCCCCACAGGUGCCACCACCACAGGUGGCCCCGGGGGUGACGGCGACGUCGAGGACCCCGGCGCACCUGGGCCAGGUGAGGCCGAGGCGUCGGACGAGGACGAGGCCGAAUAUUACAGAGAGGAGCUGGGGGAGGAGCCCGACGCAGAUUUGUUCCCUGGCAGCUCCAAGAGGAAGCGAAGCCGCUCGGCCGCGCCCCGAGCCCCGAAACGACGGAAAAGGAGCCCAAAAUCCACACCUGGAACCCCAAAAUUCACACCUGGAACCCCAAAAUCCCACCCAGGACACCCCAAAAACCCCAAACCCCACCCAGGACACCCCAAAAAUCCCAAAUCCCACCCAGGACACCCCAAAAAUCCCAAAUCCCGCCGUGGGAAACUCCUGAGCCCCCAAAAAACCCCAAAUUUCCCUCGGCCGGGACGGGCCCGGAGAAGGAAAAAUUGAAGGGGGAGAAAAUUUGG